AUGACCGUAUUCAACAACACCUCGCCGACUCCGUUGACCCUAACCCAGGUCUCCGUCCUGGACUUUUUCGUCCCCGGCUCUACUAGCAUCCUUGCCGCCAUCGAGCUGGUUCUGGCUACAAACAGCUACUUCCGUCCCCUGUUUCUCUGCAUGUUGCUGGCGUUCCUGAGCACACAUGUUCGCAGAUACUCCAUAUUCAAUAUUCCAGUCAAGUGUACGAUAUGGCUGCUCUCUGGUUUGCCUCUCAACCAUUCGCUCACAGGGCUCGGUCAUCCCCGCACUACUCUCCUUGGAACGGGACGUUUUACUUCAUGA